AUGGCCCAGUUCACCCGAAAUAACAUCAUGGGGGUGAAUUUUGAAACCACUUCAAGAUAUAGCCAGCUCGAGCCCAUCGGGGUCGGCGUAUCAGGCCUUGUGUGCUCGGCCAAAGACCAAAUUUCGAACCGAACCGUUGCCGUGAAGAAGCUUGCCGAACCAUUCCAGUCGGGCGUCGUCGCUCAGCACAUGUUCCGUGAGAUCAAAUUAUUGAAACAGCUCAAGCAUGAUAACCUCAUUCAACUCAACGACAUCUUUAUCUCUCCAUCCGAAGACAUAUACCUCGUGACCGAAUUGAUGGCAACAGACCUUCACACUCUCCUCAAGACCAAAAGAGUCGACAACCAGUUCACCCAAUACUUCCUAUACCAAAUUAUGACCCAGCGUGGUCUCAAAUACGUCCAUUCGGCCGGUAUCGUCCACCGCGACCUCAAACCAAGCAACAUCCUAAUCAAUGAUAAUUGUGAUCUCAAGAUCUGCGACUUUGGCCUAGCCCGUGUCCAGGAAUUACAAAUGACAGGCUACGUCUCCACGAGGUACUACCGAGCUCCGGAAAUCAUGCUCACCUGGCGACGAUAUAACGAAAAAGUCGAUAUGUGGAGCGUGGGAUGUAUCUUUGCUGAGAUGAUACUCGGACGGCCUCUUUUCCCCGGCAAAAAUCACAUUGAUCAGUUCUGCGUGAUCACGCAAUUACUCGGAAGUCCGCCUGCGAGUGUCAUGGACAACGUGACCAGUCCAAAUACCCUGGAAUUUAUUCGUUCGCUUCCCCAGAGGCCCAAAAAGCCCUUGUCGAAGCUCAUCCCUGGGACUAACGCGAAGGCUAUCGCUUUGUUAGACAAACUUCUCCAAAUAGAUCCCGACCAGCGUUGUUCUGCUGCAGAGGGUCUCGAAUCGCAUUAUCUCGCACCAUAUCAUGAUCCAAAUGACGAGCCUGUCUCUACGGAGACGUUCGACUGGUCAUUUAGCGAAGCGAACCUGCCAGCUGAUGUCUGGAAGACUAUCAUGUACGCCGAAGUCCUUGGAUACCACGAGGCGUCGGGCGGCUCGACACAACUUACGCCACAAAUUGAUGGUAUGGAUUUAACGCACUGA